UCCAAUCCGUGUGUGUGAGAGAGAGAGAUGGAAAAUUCAUAUAUUUCCAAUUCUACACUAACAUCAAUUCUCAUAUUUCUUCUCCUCGUUACCUACAUGAACUCAUCCAUUGCAAUGAGGCCAAUUGAAAAAAACACAAAAUUCAUCAAAUCCUCGUGCAGUACCACAAUCUAUCCUCAACUCUGCUAUAGCUCUCUCUCAAGCUAUGCAAGUCGAAUCCAAACAAGCCCCAAACUCUUAGCCAACACCGCACUUUCUGUGACACUUGAAGCAGUCCGAUCAACCCCAUCAGUGCUGGCUAAGGUGUCCAAGACCCACCACUUGAAGCCCAGAGAAGCUGCGGCCAUCAGUGACUGUGUAGAGGAGCUGACCGAUGCAGUGGAGGAACUCCAGAACUCCAUGGAAGAGAUGGGUCAGCUUCGUGGCAAAAAUUUUGGGCUUAAAAUGAAUGACAUACAGACAUGGGUUAGCGCGGCCUUAACGAAUGAGGACACGUGUAUGGAAGGCUUCGCCGGAAAAGCCAUGAACGGGAGUGUCAAAGCCACCGUCCGUGGCCGUCUUGUGAGUGUUGCACAAUUGACUAGCAAUGCCUUGGCUCUUAUCAACUACUAUGCGUCACUUCAUACCAAGUCAACUUAAGUAAGAAUGUUUUCCAGAUUUUAUCUGGAUUUUACCAUUUACUUUUCAAAUAUUUGUUUGUCGCAGUGCUUUGGAUCAGUCAGAUGUUCUUAUUUUCUACUGUCAAUUAUAAUUUUUCAACGUUCAAGUUGUAAGGAAUUGUAAUUAUGAUUCCUUCAAAAUCUGUAAUUAUUGCACAAAUUCAAAUACUAAAUUUCAAUAUA